UUCUGAGCACGCUUGCCCUUCUGCAAAGUGAGAGUGAAUCUACGGGGAAGUUUGUUGGUGUUCGGGGAUGAUAGUAAAGCCUGUUAGUGGUAGAAAAUGUGCUCUCUUGUAAAAGUGCAGAACAGAAACAUUUGGUUCUCAAGACCAGAGUCCUCAGCCACUUCUGCAGCGUGACGUGUUGGCCGGAGGCAGUUUCCCUUCCACUCACUAGCACCUCCUGGACAGAAACACAGUCCCUUUUCCUACUGAUUGGCACAGUGUGCGUGUGCCAGGUGUGGCACAUGUGUGUCUUCUCGUAAGGCCAUCCUCCAGAACUGAGAGUAGGAAUAAAGUUAGAGCGUCUGGGCUUCUCUUGCUCUGAGGGGUGCGACGCUUCAGGUAAGUGGUGCUGAAGUCCUUCGCCGUCUGACGGUAACCUUGGGUUGGUCUGUAGGUAUGUCUCAUUUUGCUUGUUCAUCCGUCCUAAUUGGCGUCCCGGAGCAUGCUUGUAGAUGUAGGGCCAAAUUUAGAGUAUAGCAACCCUCUGGCAAACAGGAAAAGAUUAAUUUUGUGGUGUGCUGUUAAGGGACUUCCCAGGAAACUUCAAAAGCACAGAAAGAAGCACUGGCUGCCUAUUCCAAAACGUGCAAAAUGGCACUCAGCUUUUUAAAGUUCCACCAGGUGAGAAGAGUGAUGACCAUCCUGUUCCUUACUAUGGUUAUUUCAUACUUCGGUUGCAUGAAGGCUGCCCCCAUGAAAGAAGCGAGCGUCCGAGGACAAGGCAGCUUGGCCUACCCAGGCGUUCGGACCCAUGGGACCCUGGAGAGCGCCGGUGGGCCCAAGGCGGGUUCCAGAGGCCUGACGUCCCUGGCGGACACUUUCGAACACGUGAUCGAAGAGCUGCUGGAGGAGGAGCAGAAAGCCCGGCCCCACGAGGAGAGCAGUAAGGACGCGGACUUGUACAGCUCCAGGGUGAUGCUCAGCAGUCAAGUGCCUUUGGAGCCGCCCCUUCUCUUCCUGCUGGAGGAAUACAAAAAUUACCUGGAUGCCGCGAACAUGUCCAUGAGGGUCCGGCGCCACUCGGACCCGGCCCGCCGCGGGGAGCUGAGCGUGUGCGACAGCAUCAGCGAGUGGGUCACAGCCGCGGAUAAAAAGACCGCGGUGGACAUGUCGGGCGGGACGGUCACGGUCCUCGAGAAGGUCCCUGUGUCGAAAGGCCAACUGAAGCAGUACUUCUACGAGACCAAGUGCAACCCGAUGGGCUACACCAAGGAGGGCUGCAGGGGCAUAGACAAGAGGCACUGGAACUCCCAGUGCCGAACUACCCAGUCGUACGUGCGGGCCCUCACCAUGGAUAGCAAAAAGAGGAUCGGCUGGCGCUUCAUCAGGAUAGACACUUCCUGCGUGUGUACAUUGACCAUUAAGCGGGGCAGAUAGUGCGUUUAUGCUGUAUAGAUUAUAUGGAGACAGAAAUUAUCUAUUUGUAUAUAUACAUAACAGGGUAAAUUAUUCAGUUAAGGAAAAAAAAAAAUAAUUUUAUGAACUGCAUGUAUAAAUGAAGUUUAUACAGUACCGUGGUUCUACAAUCUAUUUAUUGGACAUACCCGUGACCAGAAGGGAAACAGUCAUUUUGCGCACAACUUUUAAAACGUCUGCAUCUACAUUCCUCGAUGAUGUUGUGGUUUGUUGCCGUUGCCAAGAAUUGAAAACGUUAAAAAAAAGUUUCGAAAAAUAAUAAUAAUAAUAAAUUGCAUGCUGCUUUCCUUGUGAAUCGAUAAUAAACUGUCCUCUUUCAGAAAACAGACGACACACACGCACACGCACACGCGCGCACACAAAACCAACAACCGAGAUUUGAACCAAAACAUUCCGUUUACAGUUUAGACAGUAAGUAUCUCAGUCCCUGUCAGUGCUCUAUCUGUUUUACUGCUUUCAAACUUCUGAUAGCAUUGGAAUUAAAACAAUGUCAAGGUGCUGUUGUCAUCGCUUUACUGGCUUAGGGGACGGGGGAUGGGAGGGGUAUAUUUUUGUUUGUUUUGUGUUUUUCUUUUGUUUUUUGUUUUUGUUUUUUCGUUUUGUUUUGUUUUGUUUUUAGGUUCCCACAGGGAGUAGGGAUGGGGAAAGCAUUCCUUCAGUAUAUGUUCCGGUUGAUAAUAGAUUCAUUUGUAUGCCGUACAGAUGUUUGCAGCAUCAAUCAGAUGACUAGGAAGUCCAUAAAAAUUGAGGCUACUGAAUGAAGCACUCAGUCCCAUUCCCACGAUGCACCUCCUAGGCUCUCGCUCGCCCUCUGGGCCUCGGUCAGGGGGAGCUCCUUUUAUUACAAACACCUACAUUUACUUCGAGCACAUUCUUUCCCCUCUCCCCUCCUUGGUCCCCUCUUUGUUUCAUUUUCUCUUCAGGGAGAAAAAUCAGUUCCGUGCUCUGAAAUAUUUUACCACUGCUGUGAACGAGUGAACACAUUUUGUCACAUCGUGGCACUCUCAAGCAUGGAGAACAGUGUUUUCUUUGCUUUUUUUUUAAAUGAGAAAAAGAACAACCAAAAAAUUAAAAAUAAAGAUUUUUUUUUUUUUUUUAAAAGGAAAACAAUUUGGGUAAAAUCAUGGUAAGGCUUUAAAAUGUCUUUCGAGCAAAAGGCGGAGUUCUGUGUGGACCCAGAAUCGCCUAGAUCAGAACAGGAGCCCACACUGCCAGUGAAAUGAGACUGAACAGCCGUACGGAGGCUGUGUGGAGCUGACAUAUCAUUUUCGGGCGGCGUGGGAGGAAUUUCUGAGUGGCCAUCCUGAGGUCUAGGUGGGGGUGGGGAAUGGUACUUGAGACAUUCCAAGAGGGAGGCCUCUGAAGGACCCUUCAGAGGUGGCUCUGGAAUGACAUGUGUCAAGUUGCUUUGGACCUCACGCUUUAAGUGCCUACAUUAUCUAACUGUGCUAAGAGGUUCUCGCUGGAGGACCAUGCUCAAGCCGACUUAAUGCCCUCCACCCCUGGAUAGCUGCAUAAAGCUGGAUUAGCAUAAAGCAGGUUCAGAACCAAAUGUGACAUUGUGACUAUGAGACCCAUGCAGUGAGAUGCAAGAUGCUUGCUGCCUGAACGCUUACUGCUUUGAAAUUAGACUUGAGGAAACCAGGGUUUUUGUCUUUUGAGAACUUUUGGUAAGGGGGGAAGGGAACAGGAAAAGACCCCAAAACUCAGGUUGAAUGAUCAAGGCUACCAAUAGAAAAGCUUGUCCAGAGACAAGACUUUGGGAAGGUGUCUACACAUUUAAGACACCGGAGACUUGAAGGUGCCUUGCUCAGCGGAAGAGGCCAGGACAGAGCUGGCAAAGUUUUGCUCCCCAGUGAAGGCCACAGCAACUUCCUGCCUAUCCUGUCUGUUCAUGGAGAGAGUCCCUGCCUCACCUCUGCCAGCUUGGGUUAGGAGAAGCGAAGUAGGGAGCCUGGAAUAGUGGUCCUAGGAAAAAUGGACCCUGGGGAAAGUUAGGGCUAAACCUAUCUACCCAUUCAUUCUACUGUCCAACUCUGAAAGUGUCCUGGACCAGUGUCCUUGAAUAUCAGAAAACCUCAAGAAAUUACCAUAUCUUAGUAGAGCAAGGGAUAAACAAAAGAAGACGUCCACCAGGACCCAGGGGAUGAAGAUACCAUCAGCAAAUAAUUUCUCUUUGUUCAGUCUUUCAUUUAGAAUGAGCCUAUCUUUUACAGCACCAUCCGAAUACCUGUCAUUAAAAGAAGAAAGAAUUUAUGUAGCAUAGGUUUGUUUUGUUCUGUUUGAAAAUACUGUCUUUGUAAUUAUUUUGAACAUGUAUUGAAUACCUGGAAUAUCCACUGUAUGUUAACUUUUUGCAGCUCCAUUUUGAGGGACAAAAUUAUAUUAAAAAAAAAAAAGUCCCCAUCACAGUCUCACAAGUGCUGCAAAGAGCAGGUCUGUUGAGAGGUUGAGUAGGAGAUAUUCAGCAAUUGUGCAGUCAGUGGCUCUCUCUUACCCAAUAAGUUACAUCACAGUCACACGCUUGGUGGUUUACGUUGACCUAAGAUUUAUUUUGUUAAGACCUUUCUCUGUUGCUGUUCAUUUUUGUUCCGUUCUGUUGUUUUGUUUUGUUUUAAAGUCUUGCUGUGGUCUCUUUGUGGCAGAAGUGUUUCAUGCAUGGCAGCGGGCCUGUUGCUUUUUUAUGGUGAUUCCCAUUGAAAAUGUAAGUAAAUGUCUGUGGCCUUGU